AUGUUGUACAAAAAUAUACUAACAUCUAUUGCAGGCAGUCCAUAGCAUCAGCAACAGACAGUCAAAUAAACUCAGAUGAAGAGUUUGAGAUAUGGGAUGAUAAUUAGGAUCUAAGAGUCAAAAAAAUAGUAUUAGAUGAUAAACAAUCUUCUAUCAGCCAGUUCCUACAGUUGUAUAAAGCUCGAUAUGGGUAUCUUAUAUGUUUAUUUAAGGGGAUUCCCAGGUUAAAAACAGUCUAUUCAAAAUGAAGAGGUAAUAAAAACUGCCAUUUCUUAUGCAUCGUCAAGUAAAAAAUUAUUCAAAAAAUAUUUCCCCUCUAAAUUUGUUCAAUUUGAUGAUCAAAUCGAUUACUCAUAGCCUUAUGAUAUCCAGGAGGAUCAACACUUUUAGACGUUCAAUAAAUUCUUUAGAAGCAAGAAACUAAAAACAACUCUAAAAGUAUCUUAACAUAAGAAAAGCCAAAAUUCCUGA